GGGAUGUAAGAGUUAACUGAUAAGCAUCAAUUUAUCAGUUUCUGUUCUGGUUAAACUCUGCCCUGCAGGUGCAGCUUUCUUAUAGAAUAAGCUGGUUCCUGGUGUGCACCAGAGCUGUGCUGUGGGCUCUGCAGCAUAAGCCUUAUAUUGCAGAGCCAACAGCAUGGGGCACCCCAUCACCAUCCUUCCCUCCCUAGUCCCACCCAGCCAUACAUCCCCAAAAGUACUAGGAUUUUUGAUGGUUACAUGGUUUCUGUUUUUAAAGCUUUUUUAAUGUUCUUAAUUCCCACCUGCUCUAAUCAGAGUGUUCAGACACUGCGUGUAGUCCAGACUUACAUAUAAAACUCACCUCAGGAAGUGGUUAACUAAAUAUAACCCCAGUUUUUCCCUCUCAGCUUGACUGUUGCAAGGACUCUUGUUGGACCUUCUUGGUUCAUGUCCCUUCUUCUGUUGUGGUUGGAGAUAAUUGAAUAUGCACGGAUUGCAUGUACCUUUGUUGUUAGUGAGCACCUGACAAUGGGAUGUAUCUGAAGAUCCUUUUUUGCUCUGUGUAAGGCACAGAGUAUGCCCUUCUAUUACAGAAAGUUGUCUGUCAUGGUUGGGUCAGCAUAGCUCAGGACUUAUCUUCACCACGUGGUAAAUCAAGGCAGCAGCGAUCGAUCCAGCAGCGGUCAAUUUAAUCGCGUCUACUUAGAUGUGAUAAAUCCAUCUCCGAGAGCUCUCCCGUUGACGCCAGCGUUCCACCAGGAUGAGAAGACUAGCUGGAGUUCAUGGGAGAGCUGCCCCCACCAGCUUUCCUGCACACUGUGAAUGAUAAUAAAUGAAGAGAGAGGCAAUGUGGUUGAGGAAACAACAAAGAAAAAGAAAAAAGUGAAGAGCACUGGAUGCCAAACUGUCAUCAAAAUUGAAGACGAUCUCCAAUCUGACACAGAAGCAAAAACUAAGGUGAAGAAGAAGAAAUGCCUAACAGAAGCGGAUUUAGUUGUGUUAAAGCUUAGUAAAAAGGAAAAGGAAGUCAGCUCCAAAUUACAGAAAAGAGCGUGUUCUGAUAACCCCAUGAGCAUAGAAAGUGAUUCAGAGUCUGAACCAGUAAAAGAAAUAAAGGAGAAAUCUAAAGUUUUCAAAAAUAAGUCAAAAAAAAGCCAUGGUCUUUCCUUGUUACCAUUGGAGAAUAAUCAAGACAGUGAUCAGUACCUUCCAAAGAAAUGCACAACUCAGUCUCAGGAAAAUACAGUCAUUGGUAAAAAACACAGAGAGAAUAUCACCCUUAAUUUUGAAGGUGACAGUGAAGUAACCAAGAAGAAAAAGAAGAAAAAAAAGAAAGAGGAGGGAGAUGUUUCUUCCUUAACGGUGAUAGAAAUUCAAGACAGUGAUCCUGACAUUUCUAAUAAAAGUCUUAAAAAAAUAAAUAAAACCACUUUACAGGCAAAAACACUUGCUGGUAAAAAACAGAGAAAGGAUUCAGACGAAAAUGAUAUAAUGAAGAAGGAAAAAAAGAAAAACAAACAUGACUCCUUAACACUAGCAGGUAAUCAGGGAAACAAUCAGAGUGUUUCUGAUGAGAAUCUUUCAACAAGUGACUUACGAAAGUUUCAAGAAACCAAUUCCCAAGAAAACACAUUCAUAAGAAAAAAACAAAAAAAGAAUAUUGUCCAGAACGUUGAAAGUGACAUAGAAGUAACUAAGAGGAAAAAGAAAAGAAAAGAUUUUACCUCCUUGACAUGUGAGGAUAAUCAGGACCCUAGUCAUAGAGUUUCUAAUAAAAGUCUUCCUAAAAAACAAGAAGCCAAUGAAAAAGAAUUUGUUGGUAAAAAACACAGAGAGAAUUUUGAAGAUGUCUGUAAAGUAACCAAGAAGAAAAAGAAAAUGAUGCAGAAGGAAGAGGAGGAUGUAAUGGAGUCUGUAAAACUUAUGGAUGAAGAUGGGAAAAUAUCUAAAGAUGAAAAGAUCACACCAAUUAAAAAUAAUAAAAAGAAAAAGAAAUCCAAACCAAUGGAAGACCUUGCAGUAGAUAAUGUAAAUGGGGACCUUUGUGAAAAUAAUGUACACUGUGACAAUAAGAGUAAGAAAAGAAAUAAACAGGGAGCACAGGAAUAUGCUGAAGAGCCAAGACUGAAAAAGAAAAAGGUCACAAAAACAGAAAAUGAGGCAAUGGAAUGUAAGGAUGAUGUAACAAUUGUGAAGGAAACGAAAGGAAAUUGCGAUGAAAUAAAUAUAGACAAGGUUAGGCGGCAAGCUCUGCAAGAAGAGAUUGAUAGAGAAUCUGGCAAAACGAAAGGUUUUACAAACAAAGUGGAAUCUGACAGCUUCAGACCAGAAUCUGGCCUAAAGAUAUCCCCAAAAUAUGCCCCCCCGAGACUGGUACACAAAAAAACUAAGUAUAAAGAUGACAACUCUGGCUGAUGUAAAGCUCCAUUGUUUGAUACCCGUGAAUGCUCCUGCCCCUGGAGCAGAACUCCUCAUCUCCUGUGUGUGUGAGCAGCUGAAGCAUGAAAGGCUAGAGCUAAAGAAUGACAGGCCAUAUGUUGGCAGCUCAAAAGGCAAGUUCUGAGUUGUGUGUGUUUUUAUAUGUUAUGCAUAUACAGGACAGUUAGUGAGGGAAGAAAUUAGUGCAUAGAACCCACAGGCCAUAUUUGGAUGUCUUCAUAGUUAACUUUUUAUUAGAAAAAGUUGCUGAGGUUGUUCUUUAUUCCUCUGCAUAAGGAAAAUGAAAAGGGAGGGGAUAGGUCUGAAACCUUUUCUAGAAAAGCAAAGCAGCCAACUCAUUAGAAUAACUAAAAUGUGGCUAGAGAAGGUCUCUGGGAAUUUAACAGAGAAGUGUCCA